CUCACGGUCGCAACAAGAGGUGUCUGAGUUGUCUGUAGAGACGCUCCAUUUCCUCAGGGGUAAUGUAGCCGCUCGCAGGGGCGCGCUGGCUGACGUGCCCUCAACGGAAGCUGCCUCCAAUGCAGAAAACAAUCGUGCAUUUUUACCGCUGCUUGCGUGACAGAGCUCCGCACUUGAAGACCUGAUCCAUUGUGCUUACAGACGGCAUGGCGCCCAUGCCAUUGUGGGCCGCUUCGUAUGGAGAGCUACGUAAAGUAGACGAUAAGGUAUAUUGUAUAAAAAACAAUGUUGUUCUGUCUAGGAAGGCCUUCAUUCCAGAGUCAUCAUAGUUAUCAGUUUACUCUACCAAGAUGGCAGACUACAAAGACGACUCGAAAACAGUCACCCGCGUGUUAUCCUCGACUAUACACGAGCCAGCCGAUACACCUGAUGGUCGUGUCAAAGAAGGAGCGUGGAUUCGUUUCUUAACAUUUCUCCACUGGUACCCCAAGGACAUGCCGAGCGAGGAGAAAAAAUUGAUUCUCCGACUUGAUUUAAGCAUCCUUAUAUUCGGAUGCCUAUCUUUCUUUAUAAAGUACUUGGACCAGGCUUCCCUGACGAAUGCCUACGUAAGUGGCAUGAGAGAAGACCUCAACUUCAAAGGAAAUGACCUCAAUUACGUUACCGCUACCUUCUGGGCUUCCUACUGUACCUUUAUGAUUCCAGCCUGUUACUUCAUGACACACUAUCCUGCCAACUACGUGUUACCUGGAUUGGAAGUUGGCUGGGGCAUUUGCACGUUCGGCCUCGCUUGGUCACAGAAUUUGCAGAAUGUCUAUGCUAUGCGCUUCUUUACGGGUAUCUUCGAAUGCUGCUCAUUCACAGGAACCAUCUACGUUAUCGGAUCGUGGUACAAGCCAGGAGAAAUUGGCCGCAGAGUAUCUCUGUUCUUCAUUGCCUCUCCACUCGGCACCAUGUUUGCCGGCUAUCUUCAAGCAGCUGCUUACACUAACCUGCAUGGCGUCCACGGGCUUGCUGGUUGGAGAUGGCUGUUUAUCGUUGAUGCAAUCAUCACGAUCCCAAUCGCAACCAUAGGCUUUUUUGUAUUUCCAGAUGUCCCAUCCCGAAAGAAGCCAAGGUUUCUCACAACAGCAAACCAUGAUUUGGCUAGUAAGCGAUUGGAAGGUGUCACUGCACCUCCUCAACUUAAGCUUUCCAAAAGCAUCUUCAAACGAGUCCUCAGUCGUUGGCACUGGUAUCUUCUUGUCCUUCAAUGGACUCUCCUGGAUCAGAAUGUUGCCCCCGGAGGACAGCCAUUCUCUCUGUAUUUGAAAGCAUACCCAAAGAUUUACUCCAUCGUUCAAGUCAACACAUUACCUACAAUCACCACUGCCAUCAGCAUCGUCGCGGCCUUGACUGCUGGCAUAUUCGCCGACAAAACCGGGAAGUUCUGGCUUGCUAGUUCUGCAGCCACUUUGCCGGUGAUAGCUGGAAUAUCGCUCUUGGUCGCGUGGAAUGUUGGGGAGAAAGGUCGCCUAGCAGGAUUCUUCCUGACUGGUUUCCAAGGAGUCAUGUCUCCGAUGACCAUGAGUUGGGCCACAGUCAUCAUGGCUGGUGAUGCUGAGGAGCGUGCGGUCGUGACGGCCAGCAUGAACGCCAUAGGACAAGCCAUCGCUGCAGGUUCGCAGGUGGUUCAAUUCCCUGCUAGUAGGGCACCAAAUUUCCAUGCAGGUUCUAGUAGUGCAUUAGCUACGACGGUGGUACAGUUAGUUGUCAUCUUUCUCAUCUUGUUCUUGUGGAAUCGAGACAAGAAAAAGGCCAUUGGGUCUAGUGCUGACCAAGGCCAAGAACGUUGGAGUAUGAGACAGAUUGAAUAAUUCUUAAUGCAGGUUGUCGAGUGUAUGCUUACGAGAAUAAAUUUCCCAAUUCGAUGAGAAUGCGAUUGUCUAGU